AAUAAUGAAUUGAGUAUAAUACUCAAAAUUUGAAGAAAAAAAUGAAAAUAAAAAAAUAUCCUGGUAAAGUUGUAACAGCCGAAACAGACGUUAAAUGGUUUGAAAAUGAUGGAACACAUUCACGAAGUCAAGUGUACGAAGCGAAUUGGUUAGAUGCACAAAAAAGUUUAACAUCAAUAUCCACAACAAAUUCAUCAAGUCAAUGGAAUGAUGACGACGAUGAGCAAAUAUUAAGUUCCUCAGCAUCUUCAUCAUCGUCUGACGUAGAAUAUUCGAAACUUCCAUCCGAUGAUGUAAUUAUACCAAAGUCAAAAACUAUCGAUUCAUCAACACUACCAAAAACAAAGAAUUAUGUAAAACGACAAUUAUCUGAACGAACUUAUCAUGUACCAACCCCGCCACAGAAUACUUCGGAUAGCGAAACAAUUGAGAGGAUACGAAAAACAAAAAAUUUACGUCGAUAUCAUUCUGAUCGAUAUGCGAGUUUAUUGAUAAAUGGUUUAAAGGUAAAAAUUGAUAAAACACGAGAAGAAGCUUUUUCGAAAACGCUCAAAAAUUACGAACAAUCGACUUCGUCGUCAGAUAGCAGUAGUAGUUUUUAUAAUAAUCAUUACUAUCAUUCUUCAUCGAGUGAUGAAAAUUCGUCAGAUAAUUCGUUCUACGUUUCAUCUUCACCAGCGAAAAGUAAAGGUACAUCGUAUUCGAGUAGAGCAUUUAGCAGUGAAAGUUCAUCGUCCAUUGAUGAAAACAAUUAUAUUCAACUAAAAAAUGCAGAAAAUGCAUUUAGCAAAGAUAACAUUUGGUGUGGGCUGCAAUCAACAUUAAUAAACGAGACAAAAGAAAUAUUAAAUAAACCAAAGGAAGAUGUGGAUGCGUGGGUAACGCCUGUUAUUAAUUCAACAGAUCAUAUUAGUCCAAGUGAUGUAGGUUUUUAUAAUAAUAAAAUAGCGGAUAUUCAAUCAAAGAAAUGUGUUAAUUUCCAAAAUGAUAACGGAAUUACGACUAUAACGCCAUCAGGUAUGGUAAUUAAACAUCAAUAUUCAACACCCAAUACAGAACAGUUAAAAAAGACACAAAAAACUGAUCAGAAUAUUGAAUUAGCUAACACUGUAAUACCAACAAGGCAACGAAAAAAAUCACUAGAUAUGAUAUUAAAAAAAACUAAAGAUAACAAAUAUAUUUGUUAUCCGCCAACGGAUUUUAAAUCAAUGCCGAUUUUAAACAAUGAACCCGAUGUUAUUGUUGAACAACCAAAAUCGAUUAUCAAUACAGAAUUGAAACGUACGAAUUCAAAAAGAACUUGUGAUAGUGUCCAAAGUGUUGAUCCGAAUUCAAAUAGUAAUGAUUUCGUCAUACCUAGACCAAAAUUAAUUGUACCUGUACACACGUAUGGGAUACGAAAACGUCGAACGGGGAACUUAUCGGUACGGACUGUGUCACAAUGUAGUAGUGUUUGUGGGGAUGUACAAAGUUUAAAAACACCAGUAAAUAAGAGUAAAUUUCAAAAUCAUCGACGUGGUUUAAGUGAUGAAAGUGUUUUACAAUCGUCUAUCAAGGACAGUUCUCUUAAUGGCAGAGAUUAUGAGUCAGCUGGUUCAGAGGGGCGUGUAGAGGUAUCACGUGAAAAUAAAUAUCUAAGCACCUUAGCACCUGGAAAAGUACUUGGUGAAUUAGCUAUUUUAUAUAAUUGUAAGCGUACGGCAACAAUUAAAGCGGCUACCGACUGCAAGCUCUGGGCCAUCGAGAGACAAUGCUUCCAAACGAUUAUGAUGCGUACUGGUCUCAUCAGACAGGCCGAAUACACAGAUUUCUUAAAAAGUGUACCAAUAUUCAAGAACUUACCAGAAGAUACGUUAAUCAAAAUAUCCGAUGUUUUGGAAGAAACAUUCUGGGCACAAGGCGAUUAUAUUAUUCGUCAAGGUGCAAGAGGUGACACUUUCUUCAUUAUCAGUAAAGGGCGAGUUAAGGUUACAAUUAAACAACCUAAUACUCAAGAAGAGAAAUAUAUUCGAACUUUAGUAAAAGGUGACUUCUUUGGAGAGAAGGCAUUGCAAGGAGAUGAUUUGAGAACAGCGAACAUUAUUUGUGAUGAUCCUGAGGGCGUUACUUGUUUAGUUAUUGAUAGGGAGACAUUCAAUCAAUUGAUAUCUAGUUUAGAUGAAAUCCGAACUAAAUAUAAGGAUGAAGGAAUUGAACGUAGAAGGAUAACUGACGAAUUCCGAGAUGUGAAAUUAUCCGACUUAAAAAUAUUAGCAACACUUGGUGUUGGUGGAUUUGGUCGUGUAGAAUUAGUACAAAUUUGGGGUGAUCCAUCACGAUCAUUUGCUUUAAAACAAAUGAAGAAAGCACAAAUUGUUGAGACUCGACAACAACAGCAUAUUAUGUCAGAAAAAGAAAUUAUGGGUGAAGCAAAUUGUGAAUUUAUUGUGAAAUUAUUCAAAACAUUUAAAGAUCGUAAAUAUUUAUACAUGUUAAUGGAAUCAUGCUUGGGUGGUGAAUUAUGGACGGUAUUACGUGAUAAAGGACAUUUUGAUGACGCCACAACACGCUUUUAUACAGCAUGUGUUGUCGAAGCAUUUGACUAUUUACAUUCUCGCAAUAUUAUUUAUAGAGACUUAAAGCCAGAAAAUUUAUUAUUAGAUAAUAAUGGUUAUGUGAAAUUAGUUGAUUUUGGUUUUGCGAAAAAAUUACAAACUGGACGUAAAACAUGGACAUUCUGUGGUACACCUGAAUAUGUGGCACCAGAAGUUAUACUAAAUCGUGGUCAUGAUAUCAGUGCUGAUUAUUGGUCAUUAGGAGUACUCAUGUUUGAAUUGUUGACAGGCACACCACCAUUUACGGGUGCUGAUCCAAUGAAAACUUACAAUAUUAUAUUGAAAGGUAUCGAUGCUAUUGAAUUUCCAAGGAAUAUAACAAGAAAUGCUACAGCACUUAUCAAGAAAUUAUGUCGUGAUAAUCCUGCUGAACGAUUAGGAUAUCAAAAAGGAGGCAUUAGUGAAAUACAAAAACACAAAUGGUUUGAUGGCUUUAAUUGGGAAGGUUUAUGCAAUAGAACAUUAAUACCACCAAUUAGUCCACAAGUACGAAGUGUAAUAGAUACAUCAAACUUUGAUGAAUAUCCACCAGAUGGUGAUGGUCCCCCACCAGAUGACGUGACUGGAUGGGAUGCUGAUUUUUAGGAAUAUAUUAUGCAAUUUUAGGAGUAUCAAAUAUGAAAUAUAUAUAUUAUAUAAAAUAUAUUAAUUAAUGUGAACUG